AUGGGCAUAGAAAACUCCCUCCACGAGUUUGGAGAGGAAUGCCCCCAGGCCCAGAUCGGCCGAGUCCCCGGCCACGUGGCGUCUUCGGGCCGAGGCCGGCGAGGGCCCGCUCUGGAAGAGAGCGCCAAGCCCCCCGAGCCCCGCCGCGGGCCGCCCAGCGGGGCGGAGGGACUUCUCCUCAGAGCUCGUCGCCCGGCGGGGCCCGGGCCCGGCCCCGCGCCCGCCGCGUCGUCGGCUGAGGAGAAGGAAGUCCGCAGAGGUGCCGACGGGCAACCGAGGAGAGGACUCCGUUGGAGAAAUCCCCACGCGGAGGAGCCGGCGAUGAGUGACCGCCAAGCCUCCGGCUCAGUGCUGAGCGGGCACGGGCGUUCUCAGCCAGGCGGCCACCCGCUUCCUCCCGGGUGGCCCUGGCCCUCUCCUGUCCGGCGAGGCCGGAGCGGGAGCCUGGACGCCGGCGGCGGGGGCGUCCCGUCCAGCUUCGGGUGACGGCCGCUCGGCCCGGAGCAUCGGGGCGGGCGUCCGGGAAGGGGACCCUGCCCGGGCACGCCGUGACGGUCCCCGCGGGAGCGGUCGAGGAGAUCCGCACGUCGGGAGAACGGCGACCGGAGGGGGCCCCGCCGGUGACGGACGAGGAGGCAGGCGCACGUCGAGAGGAAGCUCGGGGGCCGCCGGCAGGCCGGGCGGCGGAGACGACGACGCAAACGCGAUCCGGGGGCGGCGUGAGCUCGGUGGGUGGCCCAGGUAGAGCCCGGAGGCUGGAGGCUCUUAGGGGU